AUGCCACUACUUUCGGCGCUAAUUAAAUUUCGAAGCCGCCAUGUCCUCUUGAAUAUUCAACAGCUUCGUUUAACAACUGUCAUCCACCUUUCUUCCUGUCUCCUUGAUCAACAUAUUAAAUCCUUGCACCUCAGUCUUAGGGUGAGGCCAGAUAAAACUUUACAAGACAUAGUUUACAAGCUAGUCCCAGGAUUGUUUCACAAUGAAAUGCAGAGGCGAAGGGACUUCUACAAAGACCAUCCUUAUCGGGGUGUCUCAGAUAAGACCCUCCCCACCCCCCUACCUCGCGAAUUGAAAAGUUCAAAGGCUGGUAAAUAUUGGAAGAGGGAAGGGCUGACACUCCCAGAAAGGCUACAAGAUCAUUUUCCAAUUUGGGAAGCAGAAUCGACCCCGCGGCGCGCAUACCCUCGCCAUACAUCUCUCGCCUCAGCCACCCUCCCUAAUAAGCCGCGGCUAUUGGACAGGCGUCACCUUAUUGCAGGCAUCCUUCAACCACUCGGAUCGAUGCUCCUCCGGUACCUUCCCCUGCCUAACAAGCUGGAAUGA